AUGUCGGAAAGCAAAGGCAAAGGCUGGGGCAAGCGCCGGGAUGAUGCAGGUGAGGAGAAGAUCCACCAGUACCGACAUUCCUUGGAGAGUGGCUACAAUGCCGAGCAGAGCGAGGGCGACCUCGUGAGCGUCGAGAUGGACGCUCUCGUCUUCCUGCAGAUCAUGAAGCAUUGCAGGCAACACGCCCCCCAGCCAGUCACAGGACAGCUGCUGGGAAUGGAUGUUGGCAGUGUCCUGCAGCUCACCCACUCCUUCGGCUACGUGCAGAAAGGUGCGGAGACAGAGACAACGGCACAGAUGGACGAGGGCGUGCAGUUUCAGAUGGACACGCUGAGGAAGCUACGAGAGGUGAACGUGGACUCCAACACCGUCGGAUGGUAUCAAACCACGCACUUGGGCCAGUUCAUCAACAAAGACGUGAUUCAUUCACAGCAUGGCUUCCAGACAGAGAUCCCUCGAUCUGUUUUGGUGGUCUACGACUCCCUCCAGGCGGCCAUUGGGAAGCCUUCCUUCAAAGCUUUGCAGCUGACGAAGGAGUUCAUGGAGAUGCAGCUUGGGCGUUGA